CCGAAUUGCACCGAAUCCUUCACCGAUUUUAUUUUCGAUUUUAGUUAUUCCCAGGUUUGCCAAGGGGAAUCGUUUAUUUUUGUUGUUUAUUUUUUAUUUUUUCAUCAGUCAAAAAAAACAUACAGAGACAACACACCAACACACAUCUCUCUACCAAUAUUAAUUAUUGAUUUUAUAAAAACAAUAAUUAAAAAAUUAAAUCUUUACGAUAUUUAUUAUAAUAAAAUAUAUAAAUUACCUAUAUUAAAUUUUAAUUGGAGUGACAAGUGUUGAAAUUAAACCACACAUAAAAUUAGUAAAAAAUAAAUAAAUAAAUAAACAACAACAACAACAACAACAACAACAACAACAAUAAUAAUAAUAAUAAUUGUAUAUAUACAAGGAUCAUAUGUGAUCAUAUUCAAUGAUAUUUGUCCUUCAAUAAAAUAUUAAUGACAUAGAUGAUUGUUAAUUAACCAAAAAAAGACAGAAAAUAAAUUGAAUAAAACACAUGUAUAUCAAUUUUAAAUAAUUGAUAAAUAAAAAUAAAAAAAACACAAUUGUUAAUUUAUAAGAGAGAUGCCAUCAAUGUCAUCAUCAGUUCAUUCAUCAAAAGUAAGAUCCCAUGCAAAGAGUUUACGUGCAAUGGCUAAUCCAAGUGCGGUAUGGGCACAUUUUGAUUUAUGUAUUAAUGAUCCAUUAAGAGCACAAUGUAGAAUUUGUGAAUCAGUUGUUGUACGUGGUGGUGCUAAUCCACGUCAAUGUGGUACGACAAAUCUUCACAGACAUUUGAGGGUUCAUCAUGGUGGUAGACUUGUUGGCCGAAGAUAUGUAACUGAAACAAAUAAUCAAGAAACAUCUGGUAGUAUAUCAUUGAGAUUGAGACAAUCAAUGGCACGUCAAAUGCAACAUGCACAAAAAAAACAGCAACAACAACAGCAACAACAAUAUCAUCAACCACAACCUCAACAUCAUCAUCAUCAACAACAACAACAACAACAACAACAACAACAACAACAACAACAACAACAACAACAACAACAACAACAACAACAAAAACAACAACGACAACAACAAGAAAAAAAUAAUGUUUCCAAACAAAUUAACGAAAUAUCACCGCCAAUAAUUAAAAUGCAACAAAUACAAUCACCAAGUAGUUUACCAUCACCUAUUCCACAUCCUCAACAAUCAACUGAGGUUUGUUUAAGAUGGAACAGUUAUCACAGUAAUAUGCAAACAAGUUUUCCAUCACUUCUUGAUACCGAACAAUUUGUUGAUGUUACACUUGCUUGUGAGGGUCGUUCAAUAAAAUGUCAUAAAAUGAUAUUAUCAUCUUGUAGUGAUUAUCUUGCUGAUUUAUUACGUGAUAAUCCAUGUCAACAUCCAAUAAUACUUAUGAAAGAUCUUAAAUAUUGGGAAGUUGAAGCACUUGUUAAUUUUAUGUACAGAGGUGAAGUUAAUGUAUCACAUGAUAAAUUACCAGAGUUAUUAAAUGCUGCUGAGGCACUACAAGUUAAAGGUUUAGCUGAGCCAAAUCUUCAGAAUCAAAAAUCAACAAAUUCAAUGCCAAAACAUGUACAUAAAAAUAUUCAUACCAAAGAUAUAAAACAAAAAAAAAUUGAUACAACAUUACCAGCUCUUCCAAAAAUGACAAAAAUACCAAAUGAAUCAACUGAAUCACCACGUGUCUCAUCAAAAAUUCGUAUAAGACGUUCAUCAAUAUUAAAAUCAAAAUCACCAGUUAUUAAAACUGAACCACUUGAUAUUCCACUGAGUCCAAAUGACAUUCAUCAAAUAGAUAAAUAUCAUGAUGAUAAUUAUAAUGAUGAAGAUGAUGAUUAUGAUGAUGACUAUGAUGAUAAUGAAAAUGACAAUGUUGAUUGUAAAAAUAUUCAAAGAAAUUAUAAAAAUUUAGAAACAAUGAAUCAUGUUGAUAAUUAUCAGAGUGAACUUAAUGAUGAUAAUAUUGAUUAUCAUGAAUUGCCAAAUCCACCAGAUAUUAAUAAUGAUGAUCAAAUGGAAUUUGUACCAACUGAUUUUUUAGAACAACAACAAAGUAUUAUUGAUGAUACUCAAAAAGAUAAUGAAAUAAAUACAAUUUAUAAUGAUGAUAACUAUGGUGAUGAUGAUGAAGAUGAUGAUGAAAAUGUCAAAUCUAUUGUUGAUGAUAGAAAAAAUAUUUGUAAACAAGAAAAUGUUACAUAAAAUUAAUUUAUUAAUUUGUUGAGCUAUUACCAUGAGGUACAAACCCAUUUUUCUAUCAUUUAAAUUUUUUUUCUUUUUUAAAAGUAAAAUUUUUUUUUAAUAACAAUACUCAAACCAAAUAUAUUUACAUAUGUUAAUAUUAUUAAUUAUUAUAAUUUUAUCAACUAAAAUUAUUUUAUCUAGUCCAGUUUGUUUAUUUUUAUUUUUUUUUCAUGAUAAAACAAACUCUAUCAUAAUCCAUGACCAAUUGUUAUUAUUUUAUUUUUUUUGUUUUUUAUAUUAAUAAUAUAAUUAUUUUUAUUAUUUAUAAUUUUGAUUAUUAUUGUUAACUGCAUUUAUGUGUGAAUUAAUCAAUUCAAUAUUAAACAAAAAAAAAAUCCAUGUAUUUACAUUCAAAAAAAAAAAUUAUUAUAUCAAGAUAAUCAACUAUUUUUCAUCACAAAAAACAAAAAAAAUAUAAACAAAUAAAUUUUAUAAUAAUAUACUAUUAUUUUAUUUGUAUUAUUAUUAGAAAUAAUUAAUUGUCAAAUAAAAAAAAUAAAAUAAAAUGAAUAUCAACGAAAAUAAUAAAUGGGAAAAAAAAAUUAUACCUAUAAAUAAAAUUUAUCUUGAUGUAUUUAUGGAAUAAAAUGUAAAAAUAAAUAUCUGUAUAAAUAAUAAAAUA